UGACCUCUGGCGCCCUCAAGAAGAGCAAGACUGUCAACCGCCACCGAAGAGCACGCUAGCAUCGAACUCCAAUGAAUAUCGCAAGAUUCCUCCGGAACCUUGUGAUCUUUUUCGCCUCACUCUUUGUGUUCCAACACGUACUCAGGGUGUGUCCAUUGAAGUCUCCUCUGCAGUACAACUCCUUGAGCGAGGACUUUGACCCGGUCUGUAUCUACACCCACAAGUCCUACGAUCUGAUCUCCCCAUACCUCUCAUCGGCAUAUGAGUUUUACGAAAAGUCUCCCAUCAAACCCUACGUGGAUGCUCCGCUUGACGCUUACGUGAAGCCCGGAUUCGAUGUCGUCUCAGAACACCUCGACAAGCUGAGCUCCUAUGUGUCGGCAUACCGUGAAGCCCACGAACAGAGUGUUAUCGACACAGUGGAGUACUCGUCGAAAAGCAUUUCAGGACUGAUCACAACCAUAGCAGAGUUUAUCAACCGUACCAUUUUCCCAGUGGUGAGAGAAUGCACAAAGAUAGCCAUCAGUAGAACAAAUAUCUAUUCAAGAAAGUUGAGGUUGUACUGCUAUCUGAAAUGGAACAUCUAUGCCAAGCCAUUUUUGCUACGUGGUCUAGAUAAGUUUCUGGCCUCAAGAUAUGGAGAAUUUUUAAUUCAAUUCGAGAGAUCGGAAUAUUUCCAAAUGUUCGAACAGACUGUUGCUUACAUCUACAGAAGUAUGGUCGUAACCUUCCACUACAUGUCAGAAAAAGUCAACUACAUUUAUGAAAUUAUUUUGGCGUCUAGGGAAACAGAGGCUUAUAAGACGAUGCAAUUCAAACAGGCUUUUUUGAAUGACUUUGCCAAGUACCUACCGGGUAGUUUCAAUUUUAAGUCCAGCCAAUCGACUACCUCUUCAUCUACGACUACGACGACCUCCAUUUCUGUUUCACUGUCAAGCCCACCUUUGCUGUCUAUCUCUGUAUCCUCUACCACUGUCUCUCCUUCAGUGUCCACAGGUGAAAAAUAUGAGUCUCUGCUCAAGAAUACAAUUUCCAGCGCUAGCGAAGAUUUUGUCUCUCAAGUGAAUGAGCUUGCAGAGGAAUACAAAGCAAGAUUGCACAAUAAAUUGCAACCAGAAAUGAGAGCUUUGGCUGAAAACGUAAACACCGGUUAUGACGAUAUUCACGACUUAUUAAACAGAAUCAAUCAAGUCAAAGACGAGACCAAUCCACUGUAUGUUUCAAGACAGGAUUACAGAGAUGCAUUGGCGGCCAAGAAAUCGUCCAUUGAAGUGCAAGCUCAAGAAAUAGAAGACAAAAUGGUUAAAGAAACUGAGAACUUCCUUGACGACGUCUUAAAGAUCCGCGUCAGCAUAAUUGAGACUCUGGAAGAAUUUGCAGACUCGACCUUAAACGCAUAUUCUGCAGCUAUUAUCUCCAAUGGGGAUGACUGGAAGGAGUGGAAGAAGUACAAAGAUUUGAAGAACUCACUCAUCAAAUUCAGAGAUGAAUUGAUUGAUAAGAAGCCUGUCGACGACUUGACGGGGUUUUUGAAUAAACUGAAAAGAGACACUGCUUUAUUUGCCAACGAAGCUGGAAGUUACAUGUCAAUUUUGAGAGCCAAGGCAAACAUUGAAUUCCAAAGCAGGGAGAAAGAGGAAAAGGAAGCCAGAGAAGAAGAAUUGGCUAGAUCUGUUGUGUCAGAGGAGCGUGCAGAAGAAGAACAAUCGACAUUGGCAGAAAUUCAAGCAGCAGAAUCUACGGUUUAUGAAUACGAUGAUGAUGAGGAAGAGGAAACGCUAACAAUAACGCAAACCAGGUACGUAACACAAACGCUAGACUCUGAUGUGGAAACAGAGGCGACAAGUGUUGGGUCUGUCAGCUCCGAAUAUAUUGUGAACCUAGUUCAAGAAGGUUCAGACGAAGUCAAGGUGUUACUGGAACCGGUUGAUGAUGAAGACGCUUAAAUUUUGAUUAGUUCCAUUUCAUUCUAUGUUGUAUAAAACUUUUUUUACUUUCUUUCAAUCCUUCUUCUCUUCUUUCUCUCCCUUUUUUCAAUCUUCUUUUAUGUUUUUUACAUUUAAUAUAUAGUUAAUAAUCAUAAUAAUAUGAGUGCUAAUUUU